AUGGAUUCAACGUACUGUUCGUUGCACAUGAGACGCAAGGCUCUUGUUGCCCAGACGGAACGCUCUUGUCAUUUGGAUCUCACUAAACUAUGGUGCGGCAUCUCCGCAACGGUCAAGGAUGAUUCCACGCUUGUUGUUGGUUUGGCCAUUCGUGAUAUACUCUACCUAAGAGAUUUCUAUGAGGUGAAAGUCGUGAUUGACAGUGGGUCUGGUCGCGAUGCAGUCGCCAACCAUCUCAUCGAAUUCCUGCGGCUAUAUGAGCGCGAAAACUUGGCAAAGUUCAUCGGAUGCGGUAUCCCCAGUACGCUUAUCGACCAUAUCGGCAAUCUUUGCUCGCGCCUGUGGCUCGAACUUGAUAUUGUCCCCAUAGUCAUGCCGACCAAGAGCCUUCACCACGCCAGAGGUUGUUGGAUGGCAAAGGCUGUUGAUGAGCAGGCUGACUCGAUGGCUCGGAAAUGCAUCGUAUACUUUGGACCGUCCGCCGUGCCUAGACUUCAGGUAGGCUGGCAUGGCGUUGUGCAGGUCUCAAUCAGCGGCAUGGCUCGCCUGGCCAGACUCCAAGACUACGAGGCCAUCUCCUCGCGUGGGACUUGGGAGGCGAUGGCAUUUUACGCAGAUAAGAUGCGACAGAAAGGGACCAAGGUGGCAUUCUUCAGCGCCACGCCCCACGCCGGCGGUGUUGCAACAGCGCGUCACGCCCUCGUCAGAUUUUCCAACCUACUUAACUUGGCCAUCACAUGGCAUGUUCCGAAGCCCCGGAAAGACGUCUUUCGCAUUGCCAAAACCAUUCAAAACAUACUCAGAGGCGUCUCCAAACCUUAUCGGUAUAUACUACCAGCAGAUAGAGCUGCUAUGCUCGAUUGGACUGCCGAAAAUGCCGAGCGGUACUGGCUCGUGGAAGGCGGGCCCCUUCGUCCACCAGCAGAGGGUGGCGCCGACAUAGUCGUUAUCGAUGACCCGCAGAUUAUGGGUUUAAUACCCAUUGCCAAAGCGGCCGCAAAAGAUCGUCCGGUCUUAUAUCGCUCCCACAUCCAGCUCCGGGCUGACCUCAUUGAGAAGCUCGGUACUCCUCACAACGAGGGUUGGAAUUUUGUCUGGGACUAUCCACCCUAUCCCGGGGUCUAUCCCCCCGUGGUGCCACGCGAAAAGGUUGCGUACUUGCCUACAACUAGCGAUUGGCUCGAUGCCUUGAAUAAGAAUAUUAGCCCGUGGGACACGGGAUUCUACAUGCACAGUUACAACGCCCAAUGCUACAAAUAUGGCAUGACAGAGCUGGAAUGGCCUGCUCGCAAAUACAUCAUCGAAAUUGUGCCCUUUGACUAUGCAGAAGGAGCAUCAACCGUGAUCAGCGCGUACGCCACUUUUCGCGACGUUAUUAGCGAGACAACCUCAGUCAGCCCUCCCCAACUCGUGAUCUGUGGCAAUGGUUCUGUCGAUGACCCCGACAGGAAAUUCAUUUACAAGGAGAUUAUGACCGAUAUAGAUACAAAGUAUCAAUACCUCAAGCAGGAUAUCAGUGUGAUGCCAGUGGAAGGAAGCGACCAGCUUUUUAACGUCCUCAUCAGGAAUGCUAAUGUCGUGCUGCAGCUUUCCUCCUCUGAGGGUUCCGAUGUUAAGGUGGCCGAGGCUCUACAUGCCGGCCGUCCCGUUAUUGCUUCACGUUCUAGCGGCACCUCGCUCCUAAUUAAAGAUGGAGCGAAUGGGUUUCUGGUAGAGCCGGGGGAUCAGGACGCUGCGGCAGGCUGUUUAGUGGGCCUUUUCACCGACAACAAGCUAUACGAGAAGAUUUCUGCUGCCGCUAAAACUGGACUGAGUGAGGAAGUCAGUAAUGUCGGGGAUGCGCUUGCCUGGUAUUACUUGGCGUCUAAGUUUGCGGCGGAUCCUGGCUUUAAGUGCAAUGAGAGGUGGGUGAAUGAUAUGGCGAGGGAAGAGGCCGGCAAGCCUUACGCACCAGAGGAGAAUCGCUUACCUCGCUAG